AUGAUGAUUUCUCUGUUUUGUCACAACUGGAGGAGGAGGAGGAUCUCCCUUGAGAUGCUGCUGCUGGUGCCGGUACUGUUUUUAUUCCCAAUGGCCGAAGGAGCGCCCUCCCUGACCACAGAGCAGCUGGACAUGGGGGUGGACUGGCUGAGUAAGUUUGGCUACCUCCCCCCUCCUGACCCGGUGACUGGCCAGCUUCAGACCAAGGAGGCCCUGACCAAAGCCAUCAAAGCCAUGCAGAAAUUUGGAGGGCUGAGGGAGACCGGAGUAUUAGACCAAGCCACGCUGGGUUUAAUGAAAACACCCAGAUGCUCUCUGCCGGAUAUGUCUGACAGCGAAGUGAUAACGGGACGCAGGAAACGAAGCGCCAACCCGCAGAACAAAUGGAACAAGCGGCAUCUGUCCUGGAGAGUGAGGACUUUUCCAAAAGAUUCGGCCUUGCUGGGCAGGGACACUGUCAGAGCCCUCAUGUAUUACGCCUUGAAGGUCUGGAGCGAUAUCGCGCCGCUGAACUUCCACGAGGUGGCCGGCAGCGACGCCGACAUCCAGAUCGACUUCACCAAAGCCGACCACAACGAUGGAUACCCCUUUGACGGGCCGGGGGGGCACAGUGGCCCAUGCUUUUUUCCCUGGUCACCAGAGUCUCAUGGGAUGGAUCUGUUCGCGGUUGCAGUCCAUGAGUUCGGUCAUGCCAUCGGCCUGGUCCACACCUCAGCCAUGGAGUCCAUCAUGAGACCCUAUUACCAGGGGCCAGUGGGAGACCCCCUGAAAUAUGAUCUUCCCUAUGAGGACAAAGUCCGCGUCUGGCAGCUCUACGGUGUCAGAGACUCGGUGUCCCACACCAAUCAGCCAGGAAACCCGGCCCAGACACCAGAGCCCCCCGUCCUGUUGGACCUCCCUGAAAACAGGUCCACCCCGCUGCUGGCACAAGAUGCCCCAGACAGAUGCAGCAGUCACUUUGAUGCCGUGGCCCAAAUACGAGGAGAGGCCUUCUUUUUCAAAGGGAAGUAUUUUUGGAGACUAACCCGGGAGAAACACCUGGUGUCUCUACGACCGGCUCAGAUUCAUCGCUUCUGGAGGGGCCUUCCUCCCAACUUAGACAGCGUGGAUGCCGUCUAUGAGAGGCCAGGGGACCACAAAAUUGUGUUUUUCAAAGGUCUAAAGUACUGGUUGUUUAAAGACAAUAAUGUCGAAGAGGGCUAUCCUCGUCCAAUUAGUGACUUUGGCCUCCCGGUGGAAGGAGUGGACGCAGCCUUUGUUUGGCUGCAUAAUGACAAAACCUACUUCUUCAAGGACAACAGCUACUGGCGCUACGAUGACCACCUGCGACGCAUGGACCUGGGCUUCCCCAAAGACAGUGCCCUUUGGAAGGGGCUGCCCCCAAAUUUGGAUGAUGCCAUGAGGUGGUCUGACGGUUCGUCCUAUUUCUUCAAGGGGAAGGAGUACUGGCGGGUGCCCAGCAGCGACAUGGAGGUGGAGGCGGGCUACCCCCGCCUCAUCGCCAAGGACUGGCUGCUCUGCACCGAGAUGCAGUCGGACUCUCCGGACGCGGAGGCCAAAAGCACCGAGACCAGGGUCAACGUGCACGGGCACCCGGACCACGCGGAGAACGGGUACGAGGUGUGCUCCUGCACCUCGGACACGGCCUCGCCUCUGGGCGCCCACCCCUCCCCGUCCCCCGUCUGGCUGCUGUCCUCCCUCUGGACGCUCUCACUGGCCCUCCGCUCUGAACUGCUAUGA